AUGCGGCGUACUGGCUGGGAAACGAUGUUCCAAGAUACACGUCGUGAUAUCCUUGUUGCGCUUACGGAGUUACCUAAUUGUAGGACCAACCAGCCUAUGCCCCUGGGUAUCCAGGGAGAAGAAGUAAUCUAUAGCCUGGCGCGAGACGAACGAAAAUUGGCAUCGAUGAUGGUAGCGCUUGAUCGCCUCCUCGACCAAUGCGGCGAGACCGUUCUGAGGACCGAUGUAUGCCUGAGAAGAUGGCUUCGUUCCAGGUUCCCAGACCGCCCCUACAAAGCGCCCUUCGAGCUGGUGGCAAAGCCGUCUUCUGAGAAGGUCUACCGGAAGGAACUAAAGCGCUUUAUCUGCUUCUGGCUUCGACUGUCCCGACUAUUACCGACAACUAUGCGGGCAAUUACAGGGCGAGGGUUGAACAGACAUCAGUUUAGAGCUCUUCGUGAGCUCUGGGUGGAUGGUGUCUGGCAGUCUGAGGAGCCUGCUGAUAUGGACCGUACAGAUAACCAGGAUGGAGGGCAGAGUAUGAAUGAUCAUGAGAGUGGAGAUGAUGGGGGUGAAGAAGAGGAGAAUGAUGAUGAUGAUUAUGGUGAUGAAGAGGAUGAAGGCGAGGACGAAAGUGAAUGUGAGGAGAGUGAUGGACACGACCCCGCGGCCGACGUCUUACUGCGCUUUUGUUACUUUGCUAUCGCCGAGGACGUUGAAGGUGGGCUCGCGAGCUCGACGAUGCUAGUGUACUUCAGUGCUGUACGCGGGCUGUCAACCCCUAACGGCAACGAAUACCUCCAGCCUCACCGGUUCACCCCUGUCCUAGCGAGACUUAUAUACUGUUCUCGGUUGGUCUUUCUCGAAGCCGUGCUGCCUCAUUUCUCACGUAUCUACGGUGGUAUUGCACGCCCACCGCGUCACGGGCUGCUGCGAAGGCUCAAUGCGGCCCGGCGCGAGUACAUGUGUGAUGGCACGUUAUCGCCCAUGGGCGAAUUCUUGAGUCUCUUGUCUUACGGCAACGCUCUUCGGCGUCGACGGUCUGCUCCAAGAACAGGGUCAAAACCAGAGUACCUGGGAUGCCAAAGCCGCUCGCGCAUAUUUGGAAGCCCACGAUGA